GGCUAAACCCUUCGUCUCCGCCUCUAAGCUUUGAGACGUUUGAUUCUAGGGCUUCCUGCUUGUUUUCUUCUCACUGCGCUUUCUUUCUCUUCUUCCAAUGGCGUCAACUGCUCUUAUGAACCAUAAUUCCAAGCGCCUGAUCGGCUUGUGUUCUCCUAUCUACUCAUGCUGUCGAGGAGCUUUGUCGCAUCGGUUGUCUGCUCCUGAAUCACUCAAUGGAAGUGAGAGAGUCUCGGACAUCGGACCAUGGUGGAGAUCCAUGGCCACAUUUACUCGAACGAAACCUCAUGUAAAUGUGGGGACUAUUGGGCAUGUUGAUCACGGUAAAACCACACUUACUGCUGCCAUUACAAAGGUGCUAGCAGAAGAAGGGAAAGCUAAAGCUGUUGCAUUUGAUGAAAUUGACAAGGCUCCUGAGGAGAAAAAGAGGGGAAUUACUAUUGCCACGGCCCAUGUUGAGUAUGAAACUGGCAAACGACACUAUGCUCAUGUGGAUUGUCCAGGACAUGCAGAUUAUGUUAAGAACAUGAUUACUGGAGCAGCUCAGAUGGAUGGGGGCAUUCUAGUUGUAUCUGCCCCUGAUGGACCCAUGCCACAAACGAAGGAACAUAUUCUGCUUGCUCGUCAGGUUGGCGUGCCAUCAUUGGUGUGUUUUCUAAAUAAGGUUGACGCUGUCGAUGAUCCAGAGUUAUUGGAACUUGUAGAAAUGGAGCUCCGUGAGCUUCUAAGCUUUUACAAGUUCCCAGGGGAUGACAUCCCAAUUAUUCGGGGUUCAGCCUUGUCCGCUUUACAAGGAACAAAUGAAGAAAUUGGGAAAAAGGCUAUUUUAAAAUUAAUGGAUGCUGUAGAUGAAUAUAUACCUGAUCCUGUUCGCCAACUUGACAAGCCUUUCCUAAUGCCAGUUGAGGAUGUGUUCUCUAUUCAGGGGCGUGGAACUGUUGUGACCGGACGUGUUGAGCAAGGGAUGAUCAAAGUUGGAGAAGAUGUUGAAAUCUUGGGAUUAAUGCAGGGUGGUCCUCUGAAGACUACAGUCACUGGUGUGGAGAUGUUCAAGAAGAUCUUGGAUCAUGGGCAAGCUGGAGACAAUGUGGGUCUUCUUCUACGUGGUUUAAAACGUGAAGAUGUACAGAGAGGACAGGUUGUGGCUAAGCCUGGUAGUGUGAAAACGUCCAAGAGGUUUGAGGCAGAAAUAUAUGUUCUUACAAAGGAUGAAGGAGGUCGUCAUACUGCUUUCUUCUCAAAUUAUAGACCUCAGUUCUACAUGAGGACUGCAGAUAUUACAGGGAAGGUCGAAUUACCUGAAAAUGUUAAGAUGGUGAUGCCUGGUGAUAAUGUUACUGCAGUUUUUGAGUUGAUUUCACCUGUUCCACUUGAAGCAGGACAAAGAUUUGCUCUGAGGGAAGGAGGUAGAACGGUUGGUGCAGGUGUGGUUUCAAAAGUGAUCAGCUGAGAUUUUC